AUGGGCGCCACAAAUGGAAACGCGCCGGUCACCGGCAGCUCGACCAUCAGCAAACAGGACCUUCCUUCACAUUUCAUCGGUGGCAACGCCCUCGAAUCAGCACCUCCUAGCGCUGUGAAGGAUUUCGUGGCCGCUCACGAUGGUCACUCAGUCAUUACCUCGGUGCUUAUUGCCAACAACGGUAUCGCCGCUGUCAAAGAGAUCCGUUCAGUGCGGAAAUGGGCUUACGAGACCUUUGGCAACGAGCGGGCCAUCCAAUUCACGGUGAUGGCCACGCCCGAGGAUCUACACGCCAACGCCGACUAUAUUCGCAUGGCCGACCAGUAUGUCGAGGUUCCCGGUGGAACCAAUAAUAAUAAUUAUGCCAACGUCGAGUUGAUUGUCGAUGUUGCGGAGCGUAUGGAUGUUCACGCCGUGUGGGCAGGAUGGGGUCACGCUUCCGAAAACCCUCGGUUACCCGAAUCUCUCGCUGCGUCACCAAAGAAGAUUAUCUUCAUUGGACCCCCGGCUUCGGCUAUGCGCUCACUCGGUGACAAGAUUUCUUCUACCAUUGUUGCACAGCAUGCCGGUGUUCCUUGCAUUCCCUGGUCUGGAACCGGUGUUGACGAAGUCAAGGUUGAUGACAACGGUAUCGUGACAGUCGAGGACGAGAUCUAUAACAAGGGCUGCACUUUCUCCCCAGAGGAGGGUUUGGCCAAGGCGAAGGAAAUUGGGUUCCCCGUCAUGGUCAAGGCUUCCGAAGGUGGUGGUGGUAAGGGUAUUCGCAAGGUCGAGAACGAGGAGGAGUUCUUUGCUCUGUACAACGCCGCCGCUAACGAGAUUCCUGGAUCACCUAUCUUCAUCAUGAAGUUGGCCGGUAAUGCUCGCCACUUGGAGGUGCAAUUGCUGGCUGAUCAGUACGGCAACAACAUCUCUCUCUUCGGUCGUGAUUGUUCCGUUCAGCGUCGCCACCAGAAGAUUAUCGAGGAGGCUCCUGUGACCAUUGCUAAGCAGCCCACUUUCCAGGCUAUGGAGCGUGCCGCUGUCAGCCUCGGUCGCCUGGUGGGAUACGUUUCGGCCGGUACCGUCGAGUACCUCUACUCGCACUCCGAUGACAAGUUCUACUUCCUCGAGUUGAACCCCCGUCUGCAGGUCGAGCAUCCCACCACCGAGAUGGUUUCCGGUGUCAACCUGCCCGCUGCCCAGCUCCAGAUUGCCAUGGGUAUCCCUCUGCACCGCAUUCGUGACAUUCGUCUCCUCUACGGUGUUGAUCCCAACACUGCUGCUGAGAUUGACUUCGACUUCUCCAAGGAGGAGAGCUUCCAGACUCAGCGCCGUCCUCAGCCCAAGGGCCACACCACUGCUUGUCGUAUCACUUCCGAGGAUCCUGGCGAGGGUUUCAAGCCUUCCAGCGGUACCAUGCACGAGCUGAACUUCCGUAGUUCUUCUAACGUCUGGGGUUACUUCUCUGUCGGUACUGCUGGUGGUAUCCACAGUUUCUCCGACAGUCAGUUCGGUCACAUUUUCGCCUACGGCGAGAACCGAUCCGCUUCCCGCAAACACAUGGUUGUUGCUCUUAAGGAGUUGAGCAUUCGUGGUGAUUUCCGUACCACCGUCGAGUACCUCAUCAAGCUUCUGGAGACCCCCGCUUUCGAGGACAACACCAUCACCACUGGAUGGCUCGACCAGCUUAUUUCCAACAAGUUGACUGCUGAGCGCCCCGAUCAGAACGUCGCCAUCAUCUGUGGUGCCGUCACCAAGGCUCACCUCGCUAGCGAGGCCGGUAUUGAGGAGUACCGUAACAGUCUCGGAAAGGGCCAGGUCCCUUCCAAGGAUAUCUUGAAGACUGUCUUCCCCGUUGACUUCAUCUACGAGGGCGAGCGCUACAAGUUCACCGCCACUCGUGCCAGCUUGGACAGCUACCACCUCUUCAUCAACGGCUCCAAGUGCUCUGUUGGUGUUCGUGCCUUAGCCGAUGGUGGUCUUCUUGUUCUGCUCAGCGGUCGCAGUCACAACGUCUACUGGAAGGAGGAGGCUGCUGCCACCCGUCUCAGCGUUGAUGGCAAAACUUGCCUGUUGGAGCAGGAGAACGAUCCUACCCAGCUUCGUUCUCCCUCUCCCGGUAAGCUUGUCAAGUUCACCGUUGAGAACGGCGAGCACGUCCGUGCUGGUCAAUCUUACGCUGAGGUUGAGGUCAUGAAGAUGUACAUGCCCCUCAUUGCCAACGAGGAUGGUAUUGUGCAGCUCAUCAAGCAGCCCGGUGCUACCCUUGAGGCCGGUGACAUCCUCGGUAUCCUUGCCUUGGAUGACCCCUCCCGUGUCAAGCACGCGCAGCCCUUCACUGGCCAGCUGCCUGAGCUUGGGUCGCCCACGGUUCUCGGCAACAAACCCUCCCAGCGGUUCUUCUUGCUCCACGGCAUUUUGGAGAAUAUCCUUCGGGGUUUCGACAACCAGGUCAUCAUGAGCACCACCUUGAAGGAUCUUGUUGAGGUUCUGCGCAAUCCCGACCUUCCUUACGGAGAAUGGAACUCGCAAUCCUCCGCCCUGCACUCUCGCAUUCCCCAGAGACUGGACGCUCAGCUGGAGAACGUGGUUGAUCGUGCCAAGGCUCGUAAGGCUGAGUUCCCUGCCAAGCAGCUUCAGAAGGCCAUCUCUCGCUUCAUCGAGGAGAACAUCGGCCCUGCUGAUGCUGAGAUUCUCAAGGCUACCCUCCUGCCUUUGGUCCAGGUCAUCAACAAGUACAUUGAUGGCUUGAAGACCAACGAGUACAAUGUCUUCAUUGGUCUGCUUGAGCAGUACUACAACGUCGAGAAGCUGUUCUCCACCCACAACUUCCGCGACGAGGAUGUCAUUCUUAAGCUCCGUGAGGAGAACAAGGACGAUAUCACCAGCAUUGUCCACACCGUCCUCUCGCACAGCCGUAUCGGCUCCAAGAACAACCUGGUUUUGGCCAUUUUGGACAUGUACCGUCCCAACCAGCCUCACCUCGAGAAUGUUGGCGCCCACUUCAAGCCUAUCCUCAAGAAACUGACUGAGCUCGAGGCUCGUUCUUCCGCCAAGGUCACCCUCAAGGCCCGUGAGGUUCUCAUCCAGUGCGCUAUGCCCUCCCUGGACGAGCGCCUGUCCCAGAUGGAGCACAUCCUGCGCUCUUCCGUUGUUGAGUCUCGCUACGGUGAGACCGGCUGGGAGCACCGUGAGCCUUCCUUCGAUGUCCUGAAGGAGGUCGUGGACUCUAAGUACACUGUCUUCGAUGUUCUUCCUCGCUUCUUCGUUCACAACGACCCCUGGGUUACCCUUGCCUCUCUGGAGGUCUACGUGCGCCGUGCCUACCGCGCCUACACUCUCAAGGGUAUCAAGUACCACGCCUCCUCGGAGCAGCCUUUCCUGACUUGGGACUUCACCCUUGGCAAGCUCGGCCAGUCUGAGUUCGGUGUUCUCUCCUCCACUCAGCCUUCCGCCCCUGGCACCCCGAUUUCCGAGAUCAACCCCUUCAAGCGGAUCAACUCCAUUAGCGAUAUGUCUGCUUUCGGCAACGACAGUGAUCCCAUCCGCAAGGGUGUUAUCAUCCCCGUUCAAUACUUGGAAGAUGCCGAGGAGAUACUCUCCAAGGCUCUUGAGGCCUUCCCUCUCGGCGGCUCCAACGCCAAGCGUUCCGGCGAGCACGGCCUCAUUGCCAGCCUCGAGGGCAAGCGUCGCCCCACUCCCAAGCCCGAGAGCGAUAACGAGCUCACCGGUGUUUGCAACAUCGCCAUCCGCGACAUUGAGGACAUGGACGACAACGAGCUUGUUGGACAGAUGAAGCAGUUGCUCGCUGACAACAAGGAGGACCUCGUUGCCCGCCGUAUCCGUCGUGUUACCUUCAUUUGCGGCAAGCAAGGAGUCUACCCCGGUUACUUCACCUUCCGUGGUCCCAACUACGAGGAGGAUCUGAGUAUCCGUCACAGCGAGCCUGCUCUUGCCUUCCAGCUGGAGCUCAGCCGUCUGUCCAAGUUCAACAUCAAGCCCGUAUUCACCGAGAACCGUAACAUUCAUGUUUACGAGGCUAUGGGCAAGGGACCUGAGAACGACAAGGCUAUCGAUAAGCGCUACUUCAUCCGUGCCGUGGUUCGCCCCGGCCGCCUGCGUGACGACAUCCCCACCGCUGAGUACCUGAUCUCGGAGGCUGACCGUCUCAUGAACGACAUCCUGGAUGCCCUGGAGAUUAUCGGAAACAACAACUCCGAUCUGAACCACAUCUUCAUUAACUUCUCCCCCGUCUUCAACCUCCAGCCCGAUGAUGUCGAACAGGCUCUUGCUGGCUUCCUCGACCGUUUCGGUCGCCGUCUGUGGCGCCUCCGUGUCACUGGCGCCGAGAUCCGCAUCCUCUGCACCGACCCCACGACCGGCAUGCCCUACCCUCUGCGUGUGAUCAUCAGCAACACCUACGGUUUCAUUAUCAACGUUGAGCUGUACAUUGAGCGCAAGUCCGAGAAGGGCGAGUGGAUCUUCCAGAGCAUUGGUGGUACUACCAAGCUGGGCUCUAUGCACAUGCGCCCUGUGGCCACCCCCUACCCGACCAAGGAGUGGCUGCAGCCCAAGCGCUACAAGGCUCACUUGAUGGGAACUCAGUACGUCUACGAUUUCCCCGAGCUCUUCCGCCAGGCCUUCCAGAACAGCUGGACCAAGGUUGCCGAGACCAUUCCUUCCUUGUACGAGAAGCGCCCUCCUGUUGGAGAGUGCAUUGACUACAACGAGCUCGUUCUCGAUGACACCGACAGCCUCGUCGAGGUGUCUCGCGAGCCCGGUACCAACACCCACGGUAUGGUUGGCUGGAUCGUCACUGCCCGUACUCCUGAACGUUUCAUCAUUGUCGCCAAUGACAUCACCUUCCAGAUUGGUUCCUUCGGUCCUCAGGAAGAUAAGUUCUUCCACAAGUGCACUGAGCUCGCCCGCAAGCUGGGUAUCCCCCGUAUCUACUUGUCUGCUAACUCCGGUGCUCGCAUCGGUAUGGCCGACGAGCUGAUUCCCUACUUCUCGGUUGCCUGGAACAACCCCGAGAAGCCCGAGGCCGGCUUCAAGUACCUUUACCUCACCCCUGAGGUCAAGGAGCGCUUCGAUGCCAGCAAGAAGAAGGAGGUCAUCACUGAGCUCAUCACCGAUGAGGGUGAGGAGCGCCACAAGAUCACCACUGUCAUCGGUGCCAAGGAUGGUCUCGGUGUCGAGUGUCUGAAGGGCUCCGGUCUCAUUGCCGGGGCUACCUCCAAGGCUUACGAGGACAUCUUCACCAUCACCCUCGUCACCUGCCGCUCCGUCGGUAUCGGUGCCUACCUUGUCCGUCUCGGUCAGCGUGCCAUCCAGGUUGAGGGCCAGCCCAUCAUCCUCACCGGUGCCCCUGCCAUCAACAAGCUGCUCGGUCGCGAGGUCUACACCUCCAACCUCCAGCUUGGUGGCACCCAGAUCAUGUACAAGAACGGUGUUUCUCACAUGACUGCCACCGAUGACUUCGAGGGUGUUCAGAAGAUUGUUGAGUGGAUGUCUUUCGUCCCCGACAAGAAGAACGCCGCCAUCCCCAUUCGUCCCUGGUCCGAUAACUGGGACCGUGACGUUGGCUACUUCCCUCCCCCCAAGCAGCCCUAUGAUGUGAGAUGGGCCAUCGCCGGUAAGGAGGACGUCGACGGCUUCCUCCCCGGUCUGUUCGACAAGGACUCCUUCGAGGAGGCUCUUGGUGGCUGGGCUCGCACCGUUGUUGUCGGUCGUGCCCGUCUCGGCGGUAUCCCCAUGGGUGUCAUCGCUGUCGAGACUCGCUCAGUCGAGAACGUUACUCCUGCCGAUCCCGCCAACCCCGACUCUAUUGAGAUGAUCACCAACGAGGCUGGUGGUGUUUGGUACCCCAACUCUGCCUACAAGACCGCCCAGGCUCUGCGCGACUUCAACAACGGUGAACAACUGCCCGUCAUGAUCCUGGCUAACUGGAGAGGUUUCUCCGGUGGUCAGCGUGAUAUGUACAACGAGGUCCUCAAGUACGGUUCGUACAUCGUCGACGCCCUCGUUAAGUACGAGCAGCCCAUCUUCGUGUACAUUCCUCCCCACGGCGAGCUCCGCGGUGGAUCCUGGGUCGUCGUCGACCCCACCAUCAACCCCGACCAGAUGGAGAUGUACGCCGACGAGGAGUCCCGCGGUGGUGUCCUCGAGCCCGAAGGUAUCGUUGGCAUUAAGUACCGCCGCGACAAGCAGCUCGACACCAUGGCCCGUCUGGACGCCACCUACGGCAACCUCCGCCGCUCCCUCAACGACACCUCCCUCACCAAGGAGCAGCUCGCCGAGGUCAAGGCACAGAUGGCCGCCCGCGAGGAGCAGCUUCUGCCCGUGUACAUGCAGAUUGCACUGCAAUUCGCCGAUCUGCACGAUCGCGCCGGCCGCAUGCAGGCCAAGAACACCAUUCGCCGCCCUCUGCAAUGGAUCAACUCUCGUCGCUUCUUCUACUGGCGUCUGCGCCGCCGUUUGAGCGAGGACAUGAUCGUCAAGCGCAUGGUCGCUGCCUCCGCUUCCGCCGGUGUCCAGGCCGACUCCGAGUCCCGCGCCGAUCACCUGCGCACUCUCCACGCCUGGACUGGCAUGCUGGAUGAGGAGCUCGAGCACGACGACCAGAAGGUCGCUUCCUGGUACGAGGAGAACAAGAAGCUCGUCCAGAGCAAGGUUGAGUCGCUGCGCACUGAGGGCGUUGCGUCCGAAGUCGCCCAGCUGCUCAUCGGUAACAAGGAGGGUGGUCUGCGCGGUGUGCAGCAAGUUCUUUCCAUGCUCCCUGUUGAGGAGCGCGAGAGUGUCCUCAAGUACCUGGCUUCUGCUUAG